AAAUUCUUUAAUCGAACUCUUAAUCUAUUUCAAGAAACCAUAAAAAAGAAAAGGAAAGGAUUUCAUCAACAUGACAAAUCUUUUGUGGGUUAAGAUAAGAUCUAUCUUUUCAAGGGCAGGAAGAUCUCCAAAGGAACGUAGCAACAGCUUAAGCAACAAGCUGAACGUUAAUGAAGAGUACAAUGAAGCUUUCAGGACGAAAUCUUAUGUAGAAAUGUGGAGCAAGGUUCAAGACCAGCUAAGAAAAACGAGCAUUGAUGGAGUUGACAAAGUCGUCUCACCGUCUAAUCCAUCUCUUCCUCUAUAUCUUCACCUCUCUGACUAUCUAUCUGAACCACAACAGCAAGAGACACUCAGAGAGAUGAUGGGAAGCUUAAAGUUUCAUCACCUUCUGGUUGAUUACUUUGAAGCCAUCUCAAAAGCAUGCCAUAUUUGUGAGUUGCAUCUCCAGUGCAUCCAACAAUCACGAGGUAAUUAUAAGAAAAUUAGAAGGGUAAUCAAGUUAAGCAAAAGGGUGCAUGAUUCUGCAGACUGUUCAGAUAAGAUUCUGGGCGCUAUGUUUAGAGAGCUGGCUGCUUAUGCAUUGUUAGAAAAUCCGUUGUCGAUGUUUUUUAGCACAGAAAAAUUCCUUGAUUUUCAUGACGACAACGUGGUGUUGCUCCAUGGAUUGACUUCACAAAAGAAAAGGAUUAUGAGGAAAGAGAAGUUCAGAAGGAUUUGUAUUAGGGUUGGAGGAGGAUGUCUUGUGAUAUCACACACUGCACUUCUAAUUGCCUUGCUUGUAAUUGCAAUUCAUAGCAUGGCCGGCAUUGUGGCUGCACCAGGACUAAUGGGCUGCUCGUUGUAUGCAUUCAGAAAGCAAAUCAAGUUGGUUCAUCGAGGGCUUGAGAAAAGCAGGUUAGAAAAAAGACUUAGCGCACAGCUAGAUCUUGCUGCCAAAGGAAUUUACAUAUUGAUCAAUGAUUUCAAUACCGUGAGCAGGCUGACGAGGAGCUUAUUUGAUGAGGUCGAACAUCAGAAAGCUCUUGCUGAUAUGUGUGUUAGGAAUAACAAGCCUGAACUAUUGAAAGAGGUUGUGAAAGAAAUUCACAUUCACGACUCAAGCUACCUGGAGCAGCUAGACGAGCUUGAGCGACAUAUCUACCUGUGUUUUCAUACCAUAAAUAGAUUCAGAAGGCUUGUUAUGGACGGGAUAAUGGUUGCAUCCAGCAGUACAGCUGAUGAUCAUCAGCAAAAAUUCCCAUGAAGACGAGGACAAUAUUGGGAUAGAGAUAGUUGCAGCAGGCGAUAUUUGGUGUUACAAAUACAAUACAGGAUCCACAUUGAAAUUGCUUCUCCCCUGGCUCGGCUCACCUGGACUUUUGUUUUCAAAUAACGUCAAAACAAGGCACGUCCAAUGCCAGUUGUUAACCCUGUAUUCAUUAAUACAAUCUCCAUUGAUAACCCAACUUCCAGCAUAUUAUGCUAACGCCCGAUGAAAUCUACGAUUAAUCUAUAUUCCCUGC